UAUACUGAUUAAAAAAAAAAAAAAAAUACUUAUUAUGAUAUGGGUUAUAGUUCAUUCUUUGCUUUUUCUUUUUCUUUUGUUCUUCUAGUCCUUCUUGUUUUCCUACCGGUCAUUUUGAAGCCUUCCAAAACCAUUUUCCCGCAACUUUUCCAAAUAGUUACGGAAAUUUUGUGAAUAUGAAUGCUCAAACUUCACCAUUCUACCGAACUUUCUACAUACUUGCGUUCUUCGCAUUAGUCUUCAGUUUUAAAAUAUCGAUAUCACAAACCAGGCUCACUUUGCCUUCGGCCCUGAGCAAUACAGCAUCAUUCUCACCUACUACUACGACUCUCAAUGAUAAUUCGUCAUAUACGGUUCACUGCAGAGAUAUAGAAUUACAUGAGGAUCAAUGUGAAUUUGUCCGAAGUGCAUGUCAUGGCUUUAAUGCCAUCUAUUUGGAGCUUUAUUAUUGUUCAGGUUUAUGGAAGCCUCUUUCUACAUCCAUUUUGUUGACAGCGUUACUUAUGUUAUUUGGUGCAAUUGGUGUUGUUGCCGCUGACUUUUUCUGCCCGAAUCUGCAAACGAUUUCAGCCAAGCUGCAUCUAUCAGAAAGCAUGGCCGGUGUAACCAUCCUAGCAUUGGGAAAUGGAAGCCCUGACUUAUUCAGUACGUUCAGUGCACUGGACACAGGGGCAGGUUCAUUGGCAAUUGGUGAAUUAAUUGGUGCUGCCUUUUUUAUAGUAGCUGUUGUUUCCGGUUCAAUGGGAAUCAUUAAACCAUUUCAAUCAGAAAGAAUAACUUUUAUGCGGGAUACAUCGUUCCUAACAGGCGCCAUCAUACUGAUUUUUUGGAUUAUUUAUCAUCAACGUAUCUACUGGUAUCAUAGUGUCGCUUUGAUUGGAUACUACCUUGUCUACGUAAGCGCCGUUGUACUCAGUGGUAGCAGUAGCAGUGCAUCAACGCUUGUUAUCAGUGAAGGCAAUUCUCAGCUGAAGGUGGAGGGGUCAGCAGCAGAAGUCAAAAAAGGUGAUGUUACGAUUAUUGUGGAUGAAACGAGUCACCUUUUAAGCAGUACAGGCACAGGAAAAAAACCGCCAAGGUUGACUAUUCCAUCUAGAGGAUACUCUCCAACAAUUCAAUCGAAUAUGUCAGAUUUUAGUACGAGCCAUUUAGGUCAUAUUAUACGGCCCACUUCACCCCUCUCAACUCGUAAUUCAAUCUAUUACGACGCACUGAUGCCAAAGUCAAUGAGUUCUCUCAAAACAGUCUCUAGUAUAAGAACACAUCGCCGGCCGAUGACGCCACGUAUAGGCAUAAGAUCUUCUGUGUUUGGUGCUAUUGAGUUCCAACAGCAAGUAUAUAGCCUUAUCCGCGAGAAGAGUAAAGAGCAACUUACAUCCCCAACUUGGAGUCAGUAUCUUAAUAUCAAUAAGCAGUACAAUCGGCAACGCCAGGUUUCUAUGCCUCAAUCUAUGCAUCAACAACAGCAACAUCAGCAUGUGGAAUCACAAGUAAUUGCUUACCCUUCCAAUUACUCCGCAAAAAGUAUGGGGCGGCAGCGAUCAUCAACAACUGCUGCAGCAGCUGCAGAUCAUCGUCCAUUGUCAUCUCUUUCCCCAAGUUCUAUGACUGUUCUCUCUUCAACUCCUCAAACACAUCACAUCAAUUUACCUCACUCACCUUCUUUAGCUGCAGGCGAUUAUUUUACUUAUUUAUCACUUCAUAAUAGUCAACCUCAUUUUAUCCAGUCCCAUCAAAAACAAGAAGAGGAAACAACAACAAUACUAUCACAACCUCCUAUUAUACCGACAAUCAACAUAUUGGAAAUUCAACCCUCCUCCGCCUCCAUUUAUAGUAACAGCUACAAUCAUUAUAUGGAGGAUGGGUUCAAUGAUCUACGAAAACAACAACAACAACAACAUAACACGUCGUUACUAAACUAUCACUUUGAUCGACAACAAACAGGCAAGGGUCUUACACCAGCAAGUCCCCAUACUUCCGAAUAUGAACAUUUUGUAUCUGCAAGAGAAAGCCCAGUCAUUAGUCCUUCAACGUCAGUAUUAGCAUUGCAACAAUAUGAACAGCAGCCACAACCGCGGCAGCAGCGCCAAACAGGAGGAGAAGAUGAAUAUUGUUUAUCUUUAAAGGUUCCUCCACUACAACAGCAACAGCAAACAUCAGCAUCCUAUUCAUUGACAAAAAAUUCUAUGUUUAUCAAAUACCUAACAUCAUCAUCCACGAGCAAAAUUAUUUACCUUUUCUUGCAAGAUAUCAUACAGCUUUUAUUUCCAACAUUGGAGGGUUGGAAAGAGAAGGAUUUUUUUUCCAAACUUAAUGCAUUGGCCUCCACACCUUUUAUUCUCAUUUUUACACUGACAUUACCUGUUGCUGAAAGUGAGAAUAUCAAAAUGGAUGAUAUAGAGGUGGUAGCUAGAAAUUGCGAUAUACUGGAAGAAGCGGUAGUACAGCAGCAACAAUUUGAAGAAGGGGGGAAGUAUCAUAGUAGAGCUUCGAGUAAUAACAACAACACUGUACAUAGAAAUAACAGAUCUUAUUUGUCUGUUAAUUAUGCUACUACCGUCAAGUCAUUGCCAAUAGUAACUCCACAUCAAAAAGUAGCAGAAACAGAAUCUACAAAAGGGGUCGCGACUUAUAUGGAAGAAGACAAUGUGGAUAUACAACAGGGAUGGAAUAAGCACAUACUAAUAGUUCAAUGUAUUUUUAGCCUUUUGUUCAUAUUCGGCGUCUUUUAUAUGAAUGGAAUGAUACCAUCUUAUUUUGUUUCCUUAGGAGGUGUCGUAGGUUUGCUACUAGCUGGAAUAGUUUGCAAAUUUACUAAGAAGGAAGAACCUCCUUCAUGGUUUUGGAUGAUUUCUUUCUUCGGUUUUUUUGUUUCUUUGAAUUGGAUAUUCUUGCUAGCUAACGAAGUAGUCGGUCUUUUACAGGCGUUGGGAGAGAUAUUCUGCAUAAGUGAAUCCAUCAUGGGUCUAACUGUUUUCGCAUUGGGUAAUAGCAUUGGUGAUUUAGUAACGAAUACUGCUAUGGCUAAGAUGGGCUUUCCUACAAUGGCUAUAUCUGCUUGCUAUGCCGGUCCUUUACUGAAUAUGGUGUUGGGUGUAGGUGUAUCGUCCUUUUAUCAGACCUGGAAGCUUGGAGAAGCCUAUAAAUUAGAUAUAGCGCCUACAAUUUUAAUAUCCGCUGGUGGACUCAUGACAGUGCUAAUAAGUACUUUGAUUGUAGUCAACAUCAAUGGCUAUCAUGUCACUCAACAAUUGGGUUGGUGGAUGAUAUUCGUCUAUUUUGCCUGUUGCUUCACAAACUUUUUAAUAGAAUUCGAGGUUUUACCCCCAUUUUAAUGACUGGACCAUAGCCGGAAUGGUUCCGUAGACAACCACCUUGAGCUAUACUGGAAAUAUAAAGACGAAAUCACAUAGAUAAUUUGUCGUGAUUUAGACAAAUUGCCUGCUUGAAUAAAGAGAGGAAUAAAGCCUUAACCACUGAGCCAUAGCGUAAUAUCCAACCAAAAACUGUGAUUCCAUUUAAAUUGCCAAAUGCACCUGCCGACAGAUAAGACAGGAGCAGUAGCUUUUUCACUUUAUACCUGAAGGUUCUACUUAAGAAGUACUGGAGCUGUCUGUCAGUAACAACAAUGAUUAUUUGGAA